CAAUGUCAGUUUAUUUCAAACAUCUCAACUAAACGAACUACAAAAUAAUAUUUUAUUUUCUUUUAAGAAAAAAAAUUUGAAAAAAAUAACACAUAUCAAAAUGAAAUUCCUAGUUUUGGCCGUCAUUGUUUGCAUUGCCUGCAUUGCAUUCGUCAGCGCUGUACCCGUUGAAGAAGCCAUACCUCAGGGUAUCGAUGGUGGCGCUGUUGCUGGCUCUGAACCCGUCAAUCCCACAGAUGAUCAAUCCUUCUUCUUGAAGUUCAAGUUGUUGAAGAAACUUUUGUUCCUCGGCUAAAUACAAUAGAAAUACAACCUCAAUUGAAAAACAAUAGUCAUUUUUUCAUCUACAUAUAACUCAACCCACCAACACACAAUUACACAUACAUAUAUAAAGACAUUUCUUUAAAUUUAAAUUAAUGAGAUAAUAUUGUAAAUUUAAAUGCCUCUUUGAAAUGUACCAAGUAUUCUGUUCUUUUAUUUAUAAGUACAAAAUAUUAUUUUUUAAUAAUUAUCAUAGCUAAGAAAUAGACAAAUAAAUAAUUUUUAAACGAAAA